CACCGAGACGAGAAGCAUCCUCCUCCUCCUCUGUAUGAAGCUACUAGACACGUUCUUACGCUGCCAGAGGAAACAAAUCCAAGUACUUUUUUUUACCCACGGGAUAUAAAACGUGAAGGCGACAUGGCGCUUUUUUCUGCACGGGGAAUUUAAACGUGGAACUGUUUCUUUUACGCACGACGCAGGAGUCUACUGUCCAUAGAGUCGUCCAGUCCUGUCCAUUGUCCACCACAGUCCUCAAGAUGCACAUGAAUAGCUUAGUAAACCAAUGGACAGACAUCUCCAGGAUGUGUGAGGUGGACGUUUCCCCUGAACCCUCCAGUCCCACUCUGUAUGGGGAGUCCUCAGACCAGUACUACAGCGUGGAUCGCUGGCAGAAGCUCCGCACCGCUGUACGCAAACUCGAAUUCUGGGAGAACUUCUCUGCAGAGCUCAUCGGCACUGGCUUCUUCUCCAAAGUCUAUAAGGUGAUACACAGCACCAGUUGUAAAGUGAUGGUGGUGAAGAUCUAUAAGAACGAUGUGGACCAGGACAGCAUCGUACGGGAGAUCAGCCUCCUGCAGAAACUCUCCCACCCAAACAUCGUCAGGUAUCUGGGCAUCUGCGUCAAAGAGGACAAGCUGUAUCCAAUCCUUGAGUAUGUGAACGGGGGCUGCCUGGAGGAGCUGCUGGCCCGUAAGGACGUGCCUCUGUGCUGGAGGGAGAAGGUGGACCUGGCCUGUGACAUAAGCAGAGGAAUGAUCUACCUCCACUACAAGAACAUCUACCACCGAGACCUCAACUCCAAGAAUUGCCUGAUCCGGGUGACGUCCCGCGGUCGUGAGGCUUUGGUCACAGACUUUGGCCUGGCUCGGGAGGUGGUGGAGCUGCCAGUGAAGGACCCCGGGAGGAAGCUCUCUCUGGUGGGCUCGGCUUUCUGGAUGGCCCCUGAGAUGCUCCGGGGAGAACCGUAUGACAGAAAGGUGGACGUGUUCUCUUUUGGGAUUGUUCUGUGUGAAAUCCUGGCCCGGAUCCCUGCAGACCCGGAGAUCCUACCCCGCACACAGGACUAUGGCCUGGAUGUGAGUGCCUUCAAGGACCUGGUGAGCGGCUGUCCACAGAAAGUCCUCGACCUCGCCAGUAGAUGCUGCCUGCUGGAGUCCUUCAAAAGACCGUCCUUCACAGAACUUCUGGACGAGCUGGGGGAGGUUGCCGAGAGCCUGGAGAUGCAUGAGAAGUCCGACCUCAACAGCAGCUGAGAUCUUUGUCCUAACCCAGACUAAACCGGAGUGUCUUAAAGUAACAGGCCAAAAGUCUUAAAUAUGGUGGCUGGUCUGUCUCUCCUCCUCAGCACAGUGCACUCAAGUGAAUGGACAGAAUGGUGUGCUCUACGUGCU